CCCGCGAUGAGCGAGAACGGCAGCAGCGGCCACGGCGCGGCCAGCCAGCCGGGGGAGAGCUGGGUGGUGGGCAUGGGCGUCCUCAUGUCGCUGAUCGUGCUGGCCAUCGUCUUUGGCAACGUGCUGGUGAUCACGGCCAUCGCCCGCUUCCAGAGGCUGCAGACGGUCACCAACUAUUUCAUCACCUCCCUGGCUUGUGCCGACCUCCUCAUGGGGCUGGCCGUCGUCCCUUUCGGGGCCAGUCACAUCAUGCUCAACACGUGGAAGUUUGGCAACUUCUGGUGCGAGUUUUGGACCUCCAUCGACGUGCUGUGCGUCACGGCCAGCAUCGAGACGCUCUGCGUCAUCGCCGUGGACAGGUACUUUGCCAUCACCUCUCCUUUCAAAUACCAAAGCCUCUUGACCAAGAAUAAAGCCCGGCUGGUCAUCCUGUUAGUCUGGAUCGUUUCUAUCCUGACAUCCUUCUUGCCUAUCCAGAUGCACUGGUACAGAGCCGGGGACGCCAAUGCCCACAAAUGCUACGAGGACGCCGCCUGCUGCGACUUCUUCACCAACAAAGAGUAUGCCAUCGCUUCCUCCAUCAUCUCCUUCUACAUACCGUUGGUGGUCAUGAUUUUUGUCUACGCCCGGGUUUUCCAGGUGGCUCAGAAGCAGCUAAAGAAGAUAGACAAGUGCGAAGGGCGGUUCCAUCAGCACAGCAGUGCCCUCCAGGAGCAGAACGGUGGAAGGGCGAGUCACAGGAGAGCCUCCAAGUUCUGCCUGAAGGAACACAAAGCUCUGAAAACGCUGGGCAUCAUCAUGGGCACCUUUACCUUGUGUUGGCUCCCUUUCUUCAUCGUCAACAUUGUCUUUGUCGUCUACCCGGAAAGCAUCCCCAAAUUUGUGUACAUCUUUUUGAACUGGGUGGGGUACGUCAACUCUGCCUUCAACCCCUUGAUCUACUGCCGCAGCCCGGACUUCAGGUAUGCUUUCCAGGAGCUUCUCUGCUUCCGGAAGUCUGCUCUGAAAAUGUAUGUCAAUGGAUAUUCAAACAGCAAUGGGAAAACGGACUUCCCUGGGGAACACAAUGGCUAUCAUAUGCGAGAAGAGAGGGCUAAUGAACUGCUGAAUGAAGAAGGAGACUCCCCUACUGGGGAAGACUUUUUGCACUGUAAAGAGAUUCCUGGGUGUCCUGGAAUGGUUGAAAGUUGACUUGGCAAAGCAUGUCUCCUCACCAGCUGCAACUCAAAGAAGUCUGUGAAGAGUCAAGCCCAAAUUCAGCCCAGUUUCCCCAAUUUGGGGAACUACUGCUCUUUCUCCAAUACAUUCCUUUAUGGAGAAGAAAAGGAAAGAGCAGCUAGAAGCUGAGAAGACGGACUGAGAAAUGUGGGGAAAGUGCAGUGAAUGAACUGUUUUGAGGACCCAACUGGAGAAACAGAAUUAGUUCUGCGAAACUAUAGUAUUUGAG